CUCUCCCAUGGCGAUAAACAGUGACGCCAUUUUUGUGUCGAGCUAGUAGGAAGAUUUCUGCCGUCGGCACCGGACCGGAAAUGGAAGAAGCAAGCAUGGAGUUCCUUCUGGACGCCGUGGACAGGUUCCCCUUGCUUGAGGAAUUCGUUGACAGUGUUAAGCAGCUAGAUCCAGUUCCUCUGGCGCGGAUGCAAGUGAACGAGCCCAGCUACGCGGGUAGCACGGUCUCAAAAGAUGAUUCUGGGUGUGGCCAACAUAUCGGCGAAGUUGAGGUGAGCGGAAGGCAUCCUGCGGCUCGCCGUCGUACAGCCACAUCUCCAACUCGGUCUGCGCAGUCCACUGACAGAUUGAACCCAGAAGCACCCAGGUGGACAAAAAGGUUAAGGCUAGGGAGUGUGCCACCGGACAGGACACCAUGUCCCAGCCGUAUGAGCGCACUCGAGGAGACAAUGCACAAGUAUGCCGAAGAACCCACUAAAAAUGUGGUGCGGCCGAUGUCAGUGUCAAAACCAGCGGAUCUCGGGUAGGGGGUCCCGAUCUAUGCGUCUUAGGCUGAUGGUAACAGGAAGCAAGGGGUACAAUGUUUACCCAGGUUCGGGCCCUCUCGAUGGAGGUAAAACCCUACUUCCUGCUUGAUUAAUAUUGAAGAUAUGAGUAGUACAAGAGUAGAUCUACCACGAGAUCAUAGAGGCUAAAC